AAAGUUUAUUCCGAAUUUUGAUUCUGCUAAGAUUAGAUCCCAUAAUAAAUAAUUUUUUCAUUGUUGGAUCCGUUUUCCGUCCACGCUUUGACAAAUCGCCAUUCCCUAUAUAUUCCUUCUCAUCCUCUUCCUCAAACUGUUUUUGUUUUCCCUCUUCACACCCACAAAACUCAUAACUCACCAACACACAAUCAAAGAGGAAAAAAAAAGAAGCUUCAAAAUUUCAAUGCAAUUUGCUGAGAAAAUGCAACCCUUGAAAAUGGGGUUCCGUGAGUACAUCGAAGCUUUGGAGGAAGAAAGGAAAAAAAUCCAAGUUUUCCCUAAAGAGCUUCCUUUGUCAUUAGAGCUUGUCACACAAGCAAUUGAGGCGUGUAGACAGCAAUUGUGUGGAACGGUUGCGGAGUACAAUUUGAAUGCCCAAUCGGAGUGUUCGGAGCAGACAUCAACGGAUGGACCUGUUUUUGAGGAGUUCAUUAUUCCUAUAAAGAAAAAGGCAUCUCAAGCAUCUGUUGAAGAAGAUGAUGAUGAAGAACAUUCUCAUAAACACACAAAAACCACCACUGAUAAAAAGAAAUCAGAUUGGCUCAGAUCCGUUCAGUUGUGGAAUCCCAAUCCACCUCCUACCAAAGAGGAUGUUGUGCCUAGGAAAACUAAUGUUGUGGAAGUGAAGAGAAACGGUGGUGGAGCUUUUCAACCAUUCCAAAGAGAGGAAAAAAGUGGUGUUUCAAAGGCUAAUAAUAAUAAUGAAGCAUCGGCAAUUGGUAAAGCGCCCUCUUCACCACCAGUGCCUGCUACAAGUUAUACAGAGCCAGUGAGAGUAGACAGCAAAAAAGAGGAGAAAGGAGACGCUCAGAGAAAGCAACGCAGGUGCUGGUCACAAGAAUUGCACAAGAGAUUCUUGCAUGCACUUCAACAACUUGGGGGUGCAGAUUCUGCCACGCCCAAACAAAUCAGGGAAUUAAUGAAGGUUGAUGGCCUCACCAAUGAUGAAGUCAAAAGUCAUUUACAGAAAUUUCGUCUUCACACUAGAAGAAGCCCCAUAAUCCACAACAGUGCAAGUUCACAAGCAGGCUCUUUAUUUCUUGUGGGGAACAUUUUUGUGCAGCCACCAGAAUAUGCUACCUCAUCAGCAUCUGGAGGGGAAUUGACCACAGCUACCCCUGCUGCUCCAACUGGAAUAUAUGCACCUGUGGCUGCACACCUUCCAGCUGGCACCCACAGAUCACCAAUUAUGAAGCAUUCACAUUCACCUUCUGAGGAAAAGAAUAAUCAUAGUGUUCAUUCAAACUCACCGGCCUCAUCAUCCUCCACACACACCAUCACAACUUCACCACCUGCCUAAUUGAUUUUGAUCAAUAUGUUGUAAAAAAAAUUGUAAACAUAUUGUAGUUCAAAGAAAGCCUAUGUGAUAUUGUUUGUUAUCCUCUUUAUAAUUAGUGUAUGUUUAGAUUAAUUUAUUUUAAGAAAAUAAUCUUCUUUUUUUUCUGUAUUUUA